GCUUGUUCGAUUUUUGCGGCGUUUUUUUUUUGUUCACCUUCGGCCAUCCCUCCAACCAAGUGUGUUCCUCACGCGCGCGGCAGCCAUUCUCGUGGUUCGGACAAGUUACUACUUAUUAACGUCGCCAAGCGAUUCCUAGGCAGCGCUUCCAGCUGGUGGUGAACCAGGUUCCGCGAAGUCACUUCCGGACCGAGUUGAUCUGUGAUUUCAAGUCGAUUUUUCCGGGGUGUGGAAAACGAGUUGCGAAAUUUUCGCCUGCUCCAGAAGGCCGAGGAGAGGAACAAAGCCCGAGCAGCCAACUUGGAUUGUGUUGUAAAAGAAGCAGCUUUUUGUGCUAGGAAAAAUGGCCACCACAGACGUUAACAUGGAGACGGCGGAGAGCAGCAGCAGCAGCACCAUCAAACCAAUCGCGUCCAAAAAGGGUCAACAGCAGAACGCCACCAGCCCGAACGGCAACAGCGCUGCGGACGGCGCUGUCGACGAUAACGGCGACCUGGCGACCAACGCCGAGGACAUGACCUCGCGGGACUACUACUUCGACUCGUACGCCCACUUUGGCAUCCACGAGGAGAUGCUGAAGGACGAGGUGCGCACGCUGACGUACCGGAACGCGAUGUACCACAACAAGCACCUGUUCAAGGGCAAGACGGUGCUGGACAUUGGCUGCGGCACCGGCAUUCUGUCGAUGUUUGCGGCGAAGGCGGGCGCCGCGCGGGUCAUCGCCGUCGAGUGCUCCAACAUUAUCGACUACGCGCAGAAGAUCAUCGAGGCGAACCACCUGGACGAGGUGAUUACGCUGGUGAAGGGCAAGGUCGAGGAGAUUGAGCUGCCGCACGGGAUCGACAAGGUGGACAUUAUUAUUUCCGAGUGGAUGGGGUACUGUUUAUUCUACGAGUCGAUGCUGGACACGGUGUUAUACGCGCGGGACAAGUGGCUCAGACCCAACACCGGUAUGAUGUUCCCGGAUCGGUGCACGCUGUUUGUGUCGGCGAUCGAGGACCGUCAGUACAAGGACGAGAAGAUCAACUGGUGGGAUAACGUGUACGGGUUCAACAUGAGCGCGAUCCGGAAGGUUGCCAUCAGCGAACCGCUCGUGGACGUCGUCGACCCGAAGCAGAUCGUAACGAGCUCGUACAUGAUCAAGGAGAUCGACCUGUACACGGUCCAGAAGCAGGACCUGGACUUUGAGUCACCGUUCCACCUGUUGGUCAAGCGGAACGACUUCAUCCAGGCGCUGAUCACGUACUUCAACGUGGAGUUCACCAAGUGUCACCAGCGGCUAGGCUUCAGCACCUCGCCCGAAUCGCCGUACACGCAUUGGAAGCAGACGGUGUUCUACUUUGACGAGUAUCUGACGGUGAAGAAGGGCGAGGAGAUCUACGGCAUGUUCAAGAUGAAGCCGAACGCGCGCAACAACCGCGAUCUGGACUUUAUGAUCGACCUGCACUUCAAGGGCGAGCUGUCCCAGGUCAACGAGAAGAACCACUACCGGAUGCGUUAACUUCCGGAAGUAAAAAACGACGACCCUAUUUUGACUACCCUUGGACAAAAACGCAGAACAACACUCAUGAAACCCUACCAGCGGAGAGACCAACCUCGAAGGUGGACAAUUUUUAAGCGUAAUAUCUAGUAAUAAAGUCAUACACAAUUUAAAAUGAACAACAAAGCCAACAAAAUGAUGCGCGCGAACGUUUCUUGGUCGAACUAAGAUAUCUUAUCAAGCAGCCAAUCCGACCCACACAAACACAUACACACGCAUACACUGUGAUGAAACUCGAAAAGAAUCGACAUUCAUGAAAUAAACAAAAAAACAUAUUGUAUUGACAAACUGCAUUAAAGAACCCCCAAACUAAAAAAUACCCAAAUACCAGUGGCGCGCCGAAUACCGGAAGUGAGGCGAGUUAAACAUAUUAAAAGAAAAAAUAACAAAAUAAUUGUGACGGAAGCAAAGUGUCGGCAAAUACACAAAAACACACAAACCUACAAUCUACCAUUACACAGACAAACAAAU